AUAACCAACAUUCAGGCAUCUUACAUCAUCAUAUACUAUAAUUUCCAUACAGAAAAAAUACGCAUACAUACAUAUAUAUAAAAAGGAAGAAAUGAGGCAUUCCAUUGGAGUUUUAAGGCCAUGCAAAUUACAUGUCUCAAAGCAAGUGGGAGUCCUCACACUGACCCAGUACUAUGGCUCAGCUAAACCAAAGAGUCACGGCAAGAGGAUCACGAGGAUCAAGAGCUCGUGGAACCCGCUCGGGACCGGGUUGGACCGGUCCCAGGUUGCUGCGUGGCGGACCGAGCUGGGCGCCAGGUGGGCGGAGUAUCAGGGGAGGAACAACUGGGAGGGCCUGCUCGACCCGCUCGAGGACGGCCUGCGCGAGGAGAUCCUGCGCUACGGCGAGUUCGUCGACGCGACGUACCAGUCCUUCGAGUUCGACGCAGCGUCGCCCGACUACGCCUCGUGCCGGUUCUCCAGGUUCUCGAUGCUGGCCCAGUGCGGGCUUGGGGAGAGCGGGUACCGGGUGACGAGGAACCUGCGCGCCACGUGCGGAGUCCAGCUGCCACGCUGGCUCGAUCAAGCCGGGCCGAGCUGGGCCUUAACCCGGUCCAGCUGGAUCGGUUACGUGGCAGUUUGCAAUGACAAGGAGGAGAUCGCCAGGCUGGGACGCCGCGACGUGGUCAUUGCCCUCAGGGGCACCAUCACGUGCCUAGAGUGGCUCGAAAAUUUUCGUGCCAUGUUGACCUGCCUGCAAGAUCACGUGGGUCCUGAAAAUGAUGAGGCUAUGGUGGAGAGUGGUUUUUUGAGUUUGUACACAUCGCGGACCGCCACUUGUCCUAGUUUGCAAGAUAUGGUGAGAGAGGAGAUCGCAAGAGUCAUGCGAUCGUACGGUGAUGAGCCGCUUAGCGUGACUAUAGUGGGCCACAGUCUCGGUGCGGCUCUAGCCACGCUUGCCGCAUACGAUAUAACCACCACCUUCGAUCGUGCACCAAUGGUGACGGUUAUUUCGUUUGCGGGGCCGCGUGUGGGGAACCGUAGCUUUCGAACCCAGUUGGAGAAAAGUGGGGCCAAGAUUCUCCGCAUUGUUAACUCUGAUGACGUCGUCACUAAAGUGCCCGGUUUCGUGAUUGACAACAAUGACGUGGCAGAAGGAGAGGCUGUCCAAGUGGCGGGACUUCCAAGCUGGCUUCGGGAGCACGUGGAUUACAAGCAGUGGGUGUAUGCUGACGUGGGAAGAGAGCUUAGACUCAGUAGCAGGGGAUCACCGCACCUCUCCAAUGGAAAUAUAGCCACAAAUAUUGCUACGUGUCACGAUCUAAGGACAUACCUCAAGUUGAUCAACGGCUUCGUGAGCUCCACGUGUCCUUUGAAGGCCACCGCAAAGAGUGUGCUAGGAAGAGCGCAGCAGGAAAACCAACUACUGUUCAGAUGAUUUUAAUGGAUCUGAUCACUGGGUUUUUGUGGAAAUAAUUUUCUCAAUUGAUAUUCAAUAGGAGUAUAUGUUUGACCAAACCAUUUAAAUUGUACAAAAAUGGAUGAAAACUUAUUUGAGGCUCCCAAACA